AUGUCGCAAGACCAGACCGCAGCGUCCACCAUCUCGGUUCAAGCUCCACCGUACAACGUGUUCACCGAAGUGAACGGCCGGCUGGACCAGACCGGCAUCGCGGGAGGAUUCCAGUCCACCGUGCUGCAAUCCAUGAACGUAGCGUACAACAUCACGCUAGGCAACGCCCAUGGCUUCAAGUUCCCGAACGGAACCUAUGACGGACUGUUUGGAAUGCUGCAAAGAAACGAGGUGGACACGCUGUUUUUCCCCUACCCGCUGAACGAGCUGGUCAUGGCCGACUUCCACGCGGUUCCCGUGUUCCGCUACGACCCUGUCUGCAUCCUGAGUGGAGUGCGCCGCCUUUAUGUGGACGACGACUUCGCCAUCGCCACCACUUUCGAGCCGCGCGUGUGGCUCGCCAUACUCGUUGCGUGGAUCAUCACCACCAUGGUGACUACGCUGCUAUACAGCUUCCAACCUUCCCUGGCUGGCAGAAGAUCGCGCAAGACGUUCACCAGCCAGCUGUUCUCUUACCUCCAGGUUCUUCUGAUGGAAGGCACGACCAUGGACCUUCGCCGUGUGAGCGUCCGGCUGGUCUUCUUGGGCUGGUCGCUGGCCAGCGUACUUCUGGGCAACCUGGUCAACGGAAGCGUCAAGGGCAGCCUGGUGGUGCAGACGCCCGCGGCACGCAUCGAUAGCGUGGCCGACGUCAUGCGGCUCCGCUCGCCGCCGACGCCGUACACUCUCAAGACUGGAUUCCUCGAGAAGGCGCUCGAGGAGUCCCCACGGGCCGAGUUCCGCGCCAUGCACGCUCUGAUGGUACGCCAGGGCGGAUUCCUCGUCAACUACAUGGACAUGGUGUCGCCGCGCACCUUCGACGCCCUGAUGGCCGGCACCGGCGUCCAGAUCAGCACCGAGGUGGCCAUCGUUGAGCACUACCGCGCCGCCUGCUCGAGCCCCGGCCGUCGGUUCCACAUCGCCCGAGAACCGAUCCUCGAGAUGAAGCUCACCUGGUACUCGAGCCGCUCGCUUCCGACAUGCUUCCUCCGACAGAUGGAGCUGAGGACCAUGUGGCUGACCGAGUCUGGCCUGCCGUUCUACAGACGCGAGCGCUUCCUGUCGAAAAUCAGGAGCUGCGUCUUGAGGGAGGGCUCAGCCCGAAGCAAGGUGCAGGAGCACGCAGCGCUGUCUCUGCGUGACGUCAAGGCAGCCUUCUACAUCUCGCUGGCGCUGGUAGCGGCCGCGCUGGUCGCCUUCGUGGGCGAGGUGCUCACGGCUCGUCGUCAUUGA